AUGAUGGGUAAACUCACGCAGGAGCUAUUAGUUAACGAAUAUGACGUGCAACGCUUCUACGAAAAUGCUAUCGCCCGACAUUGCAUGGCCAUGGCAUUAACUCUUGUCUGUGAGGGCAAUGGGAAUCCCAUCUUUCGCUGGUCAAAAAAAUCUGCCGACAAGGAGGCUAUAGCUGAUGGGAUCUUGUCCUUAAACAUCCCAAUCACUUCAGAAUCAUUACAGUCGUUGCCGACAACUUUGCAAGACGAACUAAAGCUUCUCACCGAUUGGCAUUUGGACACUCUAUUAAUUUGGGAGUUCAAGAGCCUUUCAGUCGGAAAUAUUGAUCUCAUGAAUGCUAUCCGCAAUUUGCCCUCUCAGGGAACCUUUCCAUGGACGGCAUGCCUCCCAACAUCAUCUUGCGACACCCCAAGCAAGCAUAAACCCCAUGAACCAAUACCAAUACCAACAGGAAGAAGGACUGGGCCCGAUUGCCAGCCACCCAUAAUGCGUCUGCCAGAAACCAGAAAGCGGUUCCAUCAUGACACAGUUUCGGUCGACCAUGCACCUGACAUGCAUCCCGAAGAACGGUUGGGCACUGCUGUCCCGGAAAACAAAUUUGGUUUGUGUCCCGCUGGUGCUCCCAGUAUGGAUGCCGAGAUCAAUUUGAAGCACCAAGGAGGUACCAGUGAUCUCAAGAAAGGCCAGGAGAUUAUGCAGCAGGUGGGGUUUCCGCACGGCGUUCCCUGA